CGGCGGCUCGAGCCGCCAGCUCCCGCCGCACCCCCGGCCCACCUAGUGGCCCUGGCCGCGGCCCCCGCGGCGGUUCCCCGAGCUCAUCCCGGACGCGCGCCCGGGCGGCGGGGCUCGGCGGCCACCGCUGCCUCGGGGGAGCGAGGGCGGGAGGGUGUGUGUGCGCGCGUGUGAGCAGGGGGUGCCGGCGGGGCUGCAGCGGAGGCACUUUGGAAGAAUGACUCUGGAGUCCAUCAUGGCGUGCUGCCUGAGCGAGGAGGCUAAGGAAGCCCGGCGGAUCAACGACGAGAUUGAGCGGCAGCUCCGCAGGGACAAGCGGGACGCCCGCCGGGAGCUCAAGCUGCUGCUGCUCGGGACAGGAGAGAGUGGCAAGAGUACGUUUAUCAAGCAGAUGAGAAUCAUCCACGGGUCGGGCUACUCUGAUGAAGACAAAAGGGGCUUCACCAAGCUGGUGUAUCAGAACAUCUUCACGGCCAUGCAGGCUAUGAUCAGAGCCAUGGACACGCUCAAGAUCCCCUACAAGUACGAGCACAAUAAGGCUCAUGCACAAUUAGUUCGAGAAGUUGAUGUGGAGAAGGUGUCUGCUUUUGAGAAUCCGUAUGUAGAUGCAAUAAAGAGUUUAUGGAACGAUCCUGGAAUCCAGGAAUGCUAUGACAGACGACGGGAAUAUCAGUUAUCUGACUCUACCAAAUACUAUCUUAAUGACUUGGACCGCGUUGCCGACCCUGCCUACCUGCCUACGCAACAAGAUGUGCUCAGAGUUCGAGUCCCCACAACAGGGAUCAUCGAAUACCCCUUUGACUUACAAAGUGUCAUUUUCAGAAUGGUCGAUGUAGGGGGCCAAAGGUCAGAGAGAAGAAAAUGGAUACACUGCUUUGAAAAUGUCACCUCUAUCAUGUUUCUAGUAGCGCUUAGUGAAUAUGAUCAAGUUCUCGUGGAGUCAGACAAUGAGAACCGAAUGGAGGAAAGCAAAGCACUCUUUAGAACAAUUAUCACGUAUCCCUGGUUCCAGAACUCCUCAGUUAUUCUGUUCUUAAACAAGAAAGACCUUCUAGAGGAGAAAAUUAUGUAUUCCCACCUAGUUGACUACUUCCCAGAAUAUGAUGGACCCCAGCGAGAUGCCCAGGCAGCUCGAGAAUUCAUCCUGAAGAUGUUCGUGGACCUGAAUCCAGACAGUGACAAAAUUAUCUACUCCCAUUUCACAUGCGCCACAGACACCGAGAACAUCCGCUUUGUCUUUGCUGCCGUCAAAGACACCAUCCUCCAAUUGAACCUGAAGGAGUACAAUCUGGUCUAAUUGUGCCUCCUUGACACUGCCCUUCCCUUCCCUGGUGGGCUAUUGAAGCUAUACAAGAGGGACUGUAUUUCUGUGGAAAACAAUUUGCAUAAUACUAAUUUAUUGCCGUCCUGGACUCUGUGUGAGUGUGUCCACAGAGUUUGUAGUAAAUAUUAUGAUUUUAUUUAAACUAUUCAGAGGAAAAACAGGAUGCUGAAGUACAGUCCCAGCACAUUUCCUCUCUUUUUUUUUAGGCAAAACCUUGUGACUCAAUGUAUUUUAAAUUCUCAGUCAUACACUCACAAAGAGCUGUUUCUUCCUCUCUCUCUCUCUCUCCCCUCUUCUUUUCUAUUAAGCAAAAUGAAGCUGAUUUUCCUUUUCCUAACCCAUCCCUUCCUCCUGAUUUUUCCCACAUUACAAUUGGCCUUUAUCCUAGUUCCGUUCUUGGUCAAGUUUUUCUCUCAAAUGAUACAGUCAGGACAAUUGUCAUUCAACUUAAGCCAUCAACAUCAGCUUAAUUUAACAGUUUGUAGUUUUUGCUGAAGGAUUAUAAGUAUUAAUACUGUGGUUUUAAAUGUAUUGCUCUGGAUACACACGUAGAGGGUUUUUUUUAUAUAAAUAUAUUGUUUUGCCUCACUUUGGGCUGGGACAGUGGAUGCCCAUCUAACGGUUAAGUGUCUUUUUUUUUCUUUUUUUGGGGAUUUCUACCUUCAGCCAUAGCUUGGUUGCUCAGUGAAAUGUACAGAAGUCAGUAAGGCAAGGGCCAAGACACACAGAAGUCCUUUCUUUUGAAAUGCCAUGUGCCAUUGUCCUUCCUCCUUUCCUUCCCUUUUUUUUUUUCACCCUGCUUUCUUCAAACCGCAGAUGCCAAAAAAAAUAUGCCAAGAGACACUACAUUAUCCCAAUGGCUGCUACCCAGAUCCUUUUCAUAGGUUGCUCUUAAUUUUUUUUUCCUUCAGUUCAAACUUUUCCUCCCUUUUUUUUUUUCUUAGUGUUUGGGCCACAAUUUUUAAAAUGACUUUUAUUAAUGGGUAUGUGUUGCCAAAGCUGGCUUUUAAAAAAAAAAUUUUAGUAAGAACUUAAAAGAUAAAAGCCAGUAUCUUAAAAUGUAAGAGAGUAAGACUGUGAAGCCUAAAAUGUUUGGCUGCAAAUGAACCUGAAACACCAGUUGCCAAACAGUUGGUCACUGUCACUUUGACUCUCAUACUCCAUCCGUUUCUUUGCCCUUAAAAUCACAUUGUUUUGUGUCCACAUUCCAUGUCGAGCAUCUAAAUCGACAAUGUGGAAAAGCUGUCCUGUGUGAUACCCCAUGAAAUCUGCUUUUGUCUCUUCAUUUGAAGCCAGUUUUACUCACUUCGUGUUCUUUAAGGUCAAGUAGGUCUGCCAAGAACAUUGACUGAUAGUAUUAUUCUGACACCUUUAAUUUGCAGAAUCUGAAGUUACUGCUAGUUUACCAUCUUUGGGAUCUUAAACUGGUGACUGGCUGAGUUGAACUUACGGAAGAUAUGUGGACCGAAACUCAAAAGUAACCUCUCUGUUCUAUAGAACAUGUAUUUACAUAACUGAACAUAGUAGGAGAGAGAUCUGGAAUUCUAUAUGUGCAAUUUUUCAACCAAUGCAAAAAACACAGCACAUGUAUUGAUGAGCUUCUGUCAAGCAGUUUGAGUUGAAAUAUGAUUUAAGAAAAUAAGUCAUGACUAUUUUAAACCUGCUGGGAAGUUAGAAUUAGGCCAUGAUGCUGGUCUCAGUUUAACUACAAUACUAUUUGGCACAAGUCUAAACUUUCAUAUACAUCACUCUUUUGGAACGGUAAAGGAGAGGGAGAAAAUCAAUGGCUUAUCAGAUGAGUACCAGAGUUACUAAGGAGUAAUGGGAUGUUCCCAUUCUUUACUCUCCCAGCCUCAAACUACACAGGUUACUUGUUUUUUUUCCUCCUUACUCAGAAAGCACCUGUAAUUUAAUUAAGAAACAGACUGCCUGUAGGUAUAGUGCAAUUACGAAUGCUCUAAUCAUUGUACAUACAUCUCUCCCUUGAUAUUGCAUCAUCCAUACUGGCUUUGUAAUCAUUCAUUUUUUGGCAGAUUGAAUGUGCUGUAUUGAUAUGUAUCUAUGUAAUUGUAUUGUGUGUCUUAUAGCUAAUUCACAUUUUGAAUAAUGUUAUUUUAUUUACUUUUUUAAGAGAGGAGAAUGUAAACUUGUCAGUUUAUUUCUGACUAGGGAUAUUUUUUUUUUCCAUUUAGAAAAGAAAAAAAAAACCUUACUAUCGUACGGAGCGGUACUAGCAUCGUGCUAUAUAAAAUCAUUUGCACAUUCCUGAGUAGGUAGAGGUAUACUGAUUGUAAGACCCAAAGGUCUUAAGACCCAAAGGUAAUUUCAUAGCAAAAAUCAGUUGGAGCUUUUAUACAAACAUGGAAACCAACUUUGUAGAACUUUUGCCAUUUGACCUAGGAUUGGAAUAUGAGCUUUUAUACAAUUCAUAUUCUUAUUUGGCAAAUAUGCACAGUUUAGUAUUACCUCUCUGAUGGCCUUUAUUAGAAAGGCAGUUUUAGAAGCUAUUGUGAUCCACUAAGGAAAUGUUUUAACAGCUAGCGACCACUGCUUGCCUGAAAGGGCGAUCUUAAAUUUGGUGCAGCAAAAAAAAAAAAAAAAAAAAAAAAAAAAAAAGAAAAAAAGUAUAAACAACAACAUUUGAAGGCCUACAGUGUGUAUAGAGAAAACCUCAUCACAAGGUCAUAAGUGUUACAGUUUUAGGGAAUCAAGAUAUUCUAUUUAAUAGAGCUAUAGUAGAUGUAGUCAAUUAAACCUGAUCUCAAAGCUCAAAGAAGCUGAGCAAAACAGGGAAAGAUUGUUAUAUUUGUCUUUAUGAAAUCGGGAUGGAAUUGCUAUGCAGAAUUGAGGUUUGUGGUCUCACUGUUCAUCUUAGGGUGCAUGACAAGAUCCCUUCUCUUGAGAAAGGAAAAAAUUGAUCACCCUAGUUACAGUGAUGCAUAGAAACCGAAUUGUAUCCACACUAGUCAGUCGAAGCUAAAGGAUUUUCUUUUUUGUUUCUUUGUUUGGGGUUUUACUGAAGGGUCUGGGGUGGGAAGGGAUGCUUUUCAGUUUUGUAUAAAAACAAAGUUUACUCAUGCUUUCUAUUAUUAUUGUGAUUGCAAGCAUUCUAAGCGUGUGCCGCUGGCCCCUCUUGUUGAUGCUCUCGGUAACAGUUAACGGAGGCCUGUGGCAAGUUUUGUGGUGACUUGGGCAUGUCUUAUUGAAAAACAAAAACACAAAACACAGAAACCUUUCUUCAGCAGACCAAGGCAAGCAGCUGUUUCAUGACUCACUUAACACAUUGCAGUGUACCAGUUUACAGAUGAUUUUUCCCUUUUUGCGUGACAUGGCAGUUCCAACCCACAGAGAAUCCCUUAUUUGUAAAUUGGAGGUUUGUACUAUGCCUUACAGAGCUUAAAUUCAGAAGUUUGUGCCUCAUAUCUGAAACAAAGGGAAAUAACAAAAGUAAAUAAAUCCCCUCAAAGUGUUUGUUUUUAAAUACAUUUUCAUAUAAAGAGCUCUGUUGAAUGUCAUGAAUAGAUUGGGGGGAAAAAUCUUCUAGAAACCUGCAUAUGUUGUUUACUAGCAGAUGACAUCUACAAAAGGUAUUUAAGGAACACCCGAAACUUGUAUUUUUUUGUAGAUUAGCUAGCAGGUCUAAUAUUUAAAAAAGGUAAUUCAGCUAAAGGACAAUUUACUUUUUGUACUUCAGACUAUCUUGAUUGUCAAGGUGUACGAACUGUAAUUUUAAAAUUUAUACUGCCACAUGAUUGUAAAUUUUAGUUGUCUUAAGUUAGGAAUCAGUGAAAAGCUAUUUAUGCUGGAUAUGGGUCAAAAAUGACUAUUAUUUGCAAAAAAUAUAUAAAAAUAAUGGGAAGAAAGGGCUGCAUAAUGAGAUACUGCAAGACUCAGAUACUGGUUGGAAAUAAUCAAGUUACCCUCAAUUUCCCUUUGUUUUCAGUUUCUCAAAAAGAAUGAAUGAAAUGAAAUAUAGCAGAAUGUUAACCCAUAUAAAAAUAAAGUGUACCCAAAUAUUGUAACGGAUAUUGCUGCUCUUCUUAAAAUUAAAUAAGGGUUUAAAACCACUUAAUUGGUAAUUGACAACAUCUCAGUUGACACAGAUAAGGUGUGCUAAUUGGUAAUUGACAACAUCUCAGUUGACACAGAUGAGGUGUGCUUGGUAUACUGUUUUCUUCCAAAGGUUAUCUUUGGGUAGAAACACACACAAAAAUUAAAACUAGUAACAUUGUGUUUAUCUAUCUCUACAUAUUUCCAGCAUAUGUAGCGUUAAUAGAUCUGUCCUGGUAACUAUGUCUUUGGGAUUUCAUUUUGAUUCCAUAAAAUUAGGAAAAGAAAUGGCUUAGUUGUAUAUGACUAGCUAGAGAUUUUUGGAGCCAAACACCUGCUGUUUCCUAGAUACUUAGUACACAGUCUGAACUUGCCACUUGUUUUUCUCACAGAAUAACCAUUUCCUGCUGUCUUCCCAACUACCAAUGCCCUCAAUAACCCUGUUGCUUCUAGAAUCAUCUGUUCAAAGUAUGCAUAUACACCCAGCACAUAGUAGGUGCUCAAAUAUUAAUUUCCUUCUUACCUCCCUUAUCAUGUAUCCUCCAUUUCCCCAUAUGAUUCCAACCCAAUAGUAAGUGGCAUUUACAUGUUAUGAAAACAUCUAUUGGGUAACAUUGGAUCUCACUUGGAUAAAGGAAUUCUGACUUCCAUAUAAGCUUUGGUAGACAGAAAAACAACAGGGAGAAGGUAUUCUUCAGUAGAAUAUUUUUAAGUUUAGAAAAGGAAGAUGGAAAAUUACUAUGUAACUUUGUUCAGGUUACUUCGACUGAAACACAUGUUUUUGGUGGAUUUCUUUUCCUCAAAGAACUCUCUAAAUGCAACUUGCUGGAUUCCUCACCUGUCAUCAUGCUGGAAACCCUUACUAGACCUAUGUAUUUAGGGAGUUUUGUCAGAAAAACAUUUUUAACUUGCAGUAUUUAAAAGAAUCAUAUUUACUGUUCUUAAAAUGUCAUUCAAAUGCAUGUAUUGUCUAUUGUUUGGGGAUGGGAACUAGUUUUGCAAAAAAACACCUAAUGUUGUAUAAUAAUGCCCCGAUGAUCUUGCUGGUUAAAAAUACAGUAUUUUUGGCCAUAAGUUUGUAC